AUGGAUGUAGAGAAAGUCUUCCACAUGACUGGAGGAGUUGGCAAAACUAGUUAUGCCAAGAAUUCCUCACUACAGAGUUUAAUUCUUUCUAAUAAGGUAAAGCACAUAAUCAUACAAACAGUUGAGGAUCUUUACCUUGAAACCACUCCCAAGAGCAUUGGCAUUACUGAUUUGGGUUGUUCCUCUGGACCCAACACUCUAUCAAUCAUCAAAGAUAUCUUCCAAGCCAUCCAAGGCAUAAGCCAAAAGAUCAAGCACCAUUUUACCGAGUUCCGUGCCUACCUUAAUGAUCUUCCAACAAAUGACUUCAACUCAAUCUUCAAGACCUUGCCAGAGUUCCACAGGUUGCUUAUGCAAGACAGAGAACAUGGGGUUCCUCCCAUUUUCAUAGGAGGUUACCCUGGUUCAUUUUAUGGAAGACUUUUUCCAAACAGUUACCUACACUUUGUCCACUCCUCCCACAGUUUAUACUGGCUUUCAAGGGUUCCUCCAACUCUCUAUGAUGAACACGGAAGGUCAUUGAACAAGGGUUGUGUUUACAUUUCUGAAUUAAGCCCUGCAGCGGUGCCAGAAGCAUACUUGCAACAAUUCCAGCAAGACUUUUCCUUGUUCUUUCGGUCAAGGUCAGAAGAACUAGUUGUUGGGGGAAGAAUGGUGUUGAUUUUCUUGGGAAGAAGGGGCCCAGAACAUGUUGACAUAGGCAACUCUUUCUUCUGGGAGAUUCUUUCUCGUUCAUUUGCUAUUUUAUUAAAAAAAUGGCGUAUAAAAGAAGAGGAUGUGAUAUGGGUGGGUGGGUUAAAAAAAAAAUAUGAUGAUUCGGGGCUUCACACUUAG